AUGGAUCUGUCGGUUCUGCCGAACAACAACCACCCGGAGAAGUUUCUCCAGCUCGACGUGAAUUCGCUGCCGGCCAGCCAUGGGAUAUUCCAGAUUGGGUUCGCGGCCGGGGCAGCGUUGUCCGGGCAACGGCAGUGGCAGAACCGUGUCUACUCUCAGAGGGAGCAAAGGAAUUUGAGUGGCCUAAGGCCCUCCCCUGAGGGCAGCCCUGUGUUAAUGGACAGUGUCCUGGUGAAGCAUAUCACCCCGGUCACUCUCAAAAACAAAAUCAAGACGAACCCUCUCUACUCAGACACAAGGACUGUUGGCGAUGAAUGGGAGAACAGGAAGUCAAAACCAUCCUGGACCGUCCAGGAGUUUGACAGACACUCGGUGCACCCCAACCUGGCGAACUAUUUAAAGGAGGACCCCGGGGACUUAAGCUUUUGGCUGGAGGAUCUCUACACUCCAGGCUACGACUCCCUUCUGAAGAAGACAGAGGCUGAACAAAAGAGGAACAAAAUCUGCAAAAUAGCAACUUCUGUGAUUCUGUCUGUGUGUGCCCUCAUUGUGAUCAUCACUGUGCCAAUUGUGGUCACACAGUAUAGAAACUGA